UAGCUUUUUUUUACUUUCUAAUGAUGUUGUUACUGAGGAGGCAUGAGAAUCUGAGAUAUGCCCUGCUUACCCCUGGGUGAACCCCAUUUACAUGGCAUUUUUACUGCAGGAAUCCUUCCAAACAUUGCACAGAUGGAAUUUUACAUCUGACAGAAGAAACAGAUAAUGUUUAUCAGGCAAAAAACCCCUUAAUACUGCCUGAGUUUGCAUUUGCUUGCUCAUGCGAUUGUGCCUCUUCUGUGUUUUUAGUGUCAAAAGUACUCUCCAGAGACUGGUUCUGAGAAAUGCUAUUUCUUUUCUCCAUUUUUUUUUUUUUUUUAACCAGCAUAAAUGACAGACAAUGUGCUUUACCAGCAUCUAUGGAAACACUUGCCACCCUUUCAAAAUACUGAAACAUUUUCAUAUUGAACUGUAAAGGUGCCAGGGAGCUCGGCAGAAGCGUUGCUUCUGGGGCUGCCAGGCGACCAACUCAUUAAGCUCCAGCAAAAGAGAAGAGGCACCUUCAGCUCAGCAGAGCCGGCACGCUCCCACCCACCCAUACAGAGGAGACCACAGUGGCAGAGGGACCACCAUCACGUCUAAGACCCCAAGACGGAUGAAGAGAAGCAGCCUGCUCUGGGGAACAUGGUGCAGAUUUGGAUUCUCUGAGGUCUUGUUCCUGAGGACAAGACUCUGGCAGCCGUGGUGGGUCUCCAGGAAAGUGGCAGAGAGGACCACAGGCAAUGGAGAUGUGUGCGGCGGGACGGGACUCAGAAAUAACAUCACUGUGUUUGGCGGAAGAUUCAGAAGAAACCCCCUCCUUCCAAACGUUUUUCCUGUACGUCACUCAGCUACAAUGGGCUGCCUAUACCAACCACCCUUUGCAUCACAAAAAGGAGAAGGAAUAUGACGGUGAACGCAAUGCAGAAGGUGAGCGACAUGGCCGUGGGAAAGCUCGUCUACCCAAUGGUGAUACAUAUGAUGGAGAGUAUGAACGCGGUUUCAGAAAUGGACAGGGGACCUACAGAUUUAAAAAUGGUGCUCGCUACAUUGGACAGUAUCUUCAAAACAAAAAGCAUGGCCAGGGUAUUUUUUUUUAUCCAGAUGGAUCAAAAUAUGAAGGAGACUGGGUGAAUGACCAGAGACAUGGCUAUGGACAGUACACAUAUCCAAAUGGAGACACCUAUACUGGAGAAUGGCGUGACCACAAUAGGCAUGGGCAAGGUACAUAUGUCUAUAAAGACACAGGAUCUAAGUAUGUUGGUGGUUGGGUAAAUGGAAACCAGGAAGGAGCGGCUGAACUUAUCCACCUAAAUCAUAGAUUUAAGGGCAGGUAUUUGAAUGGAAAUCCUGUAGGUCGUGGCAAAUAUGUCUUCGAUAUUGGAUGUGAACAGCAUGGUAAAUACAUACAAGCAGACCAGGAUAAAGGAGAGGAUGAAGAAGAAAUAGAACCCUCAUUACUUGCUGCACCAAAAUGGAAAGCAUCGGAAAUCACCAAAUUAACACUCUGGACUCCACAUGGGGAAAACCCACCUUCUCCCAGAGACGUCUCCCCAGUGGCAGCAGCAGAAGCAGUAACUGAAGAGGAGAAAAUAAUACCAACAAUUUCAGUCUCUGAUGAGGCUGCUGAGGGUAGGGAUGAUGAGCUUUCUCUUCAUGAAGCAUCCAGUGAAGUUUUCAGCCCAGCAGGGGAUGCAGAAGAGGAAGAUGAGGGAAACAGAGAGGAAGAAGAAAACAAAGAUCAGGAGGAUCAAGCUGGACUCACAGCCCUUCCUGAAGACCACAGAGGAGCCUUGGCAUUGCCUUCAGGGGUCAGGUCAAAACCAUCCCUCACCACACCCACCCCUCCCAGCUAACAGCAAGUACGUGACAGGGCAAGAUGCAGAGAAGUAACCAAACCAUGGUCUUCUCAGUGCUGCGGUGGCAUCCUGUUCCCUUGGAGCAACAAGGGGCUGUGAUGGCAUUUGAGGUUUUUACCUUUCUCCGGGGUUUUGUCUGUAGCCACCCAGCUCAGAUGCUCAAGCUGCAACUAGCGAUGCAGUCCUGUGCCCUCCCUUGUGUUGCUUGCUAGCUAAAGAGCUCCUCUCUUGACCCUGGGGCUUUUGAUUUUCGCUUUAAAAUCACAGCACUGUCAAAAAAGCAAGAGCUCAAGCAACUUCACCAGAGCUAGAAAGUCAAAAUUAAUCAUUUCAGGUGCAAGGCUGAGAUAUGAAAUCUUCACACCCACAAAUAAGGGUUCUUGUCAGAUACCUCUCAGCCCAAAAGCCUGAACGUUGGGUGGGCUUUAUGACAUGCCCUGAUGGCUUAUGGCAUGCAUGCAGACAUAUUUCAAGAAGGAGCAGGGAGAUGAAGUGUGAAAAUGAAAACACUUUUAGUCACACUAAAAGAGAAGAAGAAACCUCUAUUUCUUCCUUUAUUUGAAAGAAAUGCUUGUGCUUUCCCAGAGGUAGUUAUAUGAGAGGAUAACUAGAAAGGAAAAUUAGAAAGGAAAACACACUGUGGAAAGGCAUGUACUUGUUUGUGCACAAAAUUUUAGGGCUAUGUUCCCUUAAUUAAACAAAUCACCAAGAGAAGAGCUGCAGACAUCUUUUGGGUGACCCACCUAGUAGGUGUGUCACUAUUUAUACAAUUUAGCAUGGAACAGCACAAGGCCAAGCUGCUGUUCUGCGAGUGCCGUCUCAGGAAGUGUUCAGCAGUUAGAGUUGCUCAUGUCACGGUUUUGUCACCAGUACAGUAAAGCAGGGGAUCUUUCUUUGUCCCAGCAACAGUAAAGCAAUCAGUUCGGUUUUCUUCAAAAAGGAAUCUUUUAGUCCCUUGUGCAAUAUGGAUCACUUGGGAAUCACUAAGUGGGGAGCUGUUAGAUAGAAAAUUGCCCCCCUUUGUAGAAGAGGUAAAUAAAUAGUCAGUAUGGUAUUUGCUCUUGCAGAACUGUCAGAGCAAACAGGAAACCCAGUGGCUUUGGGUAGAGCUGGUUUCCUCUUCAGAUAGAAAAUAAAUUCUUUUCAGUCCCAGUUUUUCUGCUUGUCUGAAAAUAACCAAGUGCAUGAUAAAAGCAGUUCUUAUGGGAUGUAUUUUGAUCUUGGAAAACACAACAUUAUCUGAUUUAGUGCCUUUAGUUCCUUUAGCAGUGGAAUUUAUAAUCAGGUAGUUCCAUAUUCGUUAAAUGUUGGUACUCUCAGAAAACGUGAAAAGGUACUUUCUUCACCACCAGAAGAAUUAUUGCUCACUUGCACACCGUUUCAUAGGUUAUUUCUUCUCAGCCACUGAAAUAAAAACAAAAUUCAGGCACC